AUGGUGUCAGACAUCCUUGCUACGGGGAGACGUAUCAUCGGGCACUUCAAACGCUCCCCUCAAGCGUACUGUGCGUUCCACGACGUGCAGCUGCAGCUGGGCCAGGAUGUCAAAAAAUUCCAGCAAGACGUUGCCACCCGGUGGAACAGCAGCUAUUACAUGCUCCAAAGUCUGCCGCAGCAAAAACGGGCACUUGCUGCUUUUGGAGCCGAGCAUGAAGUUCCUGCUUCCUUCAAUUCCAACCAAUGGGGUCGGAUAGAAAACAUCCUAAAAAUCCUGGAACCAUUUGAGGAGCUCACAAGGGCAAUAAGCACAUCCACUGCAUCUGCCGCUGAUGUGAUCCCAUCUGUGAUGGCCUUAAAACGGUUCCUGAGCAGAGAUUCCCCAUCAGAUCAUGGUGUGGGCACCACAAAAGCCGAACUGCUGAGAGCUGUAACCCGGAGAUUUGAUGGGAUUGAAAACGAGCCCCUCUACACUUUGGCUACUCUAUUAGACCCAAGGUACAAGGAUCGAUGCUUUUCUGCAGAGCUGAAGGCACACACACGGGGGCUGCUGUUAGAUCUGCUGGCUACACAGACGGGCCCUGAUGAAGGACAAGAACCUGGAGACAACAACAACACAGAUGAGCCAGCUGAGAAGAUGCCACGACCUGGUUCCUUGUCAUCGAUGUUGGGUGAGAUCAUGCAAGAAGAAAGGCCACAGCAGGCCACUGCAGCAAUGUCUCAGUUGAAUCUCUACCUGUCAGAGCCAGUCAUCUCUCGAGAUGCUGACCCACUGGCUUACUGGAGAGCCAAUCAGGAUCGCUUUUCUGCCCUCACCAUUGCUGCAAGAGCUUACCUGUCAGCACCCUGCACAAGUGUGGACAGUGAGCGCCUGUUCAGUGCUGCAUCCAACAUCCUGGAUGAUCGAAGAAGCAGGCUUUCAGCCAAGAAAGUUGAGAUGCUCCUCUUUGUUAGAAAGAAUCUGCCAUUGAUGCAUAAAUAGGCAUAGGCAUUUAUGUAGCCUAAGUAAUAUAGCAGCAAGUUUAAACCUCCUUUUCUGAAUUUAAAAUAAUGUUUGUUUUGCCUGGGAGGGGGAGCAUUGUUUACAUUUUAUUUAGUACAUAUACUUGGCUGCUACUUGUUUUAUUUAUUUUAUUUAAGUGCUCCUAUACAGACAUUUUAUUUAUUUUAUUUGUUGGAAAUAUAUGUGGCCUGGGUGCCGUGCCAUAUUUUCUGUUCACCUGAGUGCCAUUUAUGAAUGUUUUGAGGGAGAAUUACUGCCUUUUAUUUGCACUACUGUGACUGUUUAUUGGAGUUAUAUAUACAUGUAUAUAUGAACGUUUUGAGGGAGCAUUACUGCCUUCAUUUGCACUACUGUUACUGUUAAUUGGAGUCAUAUAUAUAUAUAUAUAUGAAUGUUUUGAGGGACCAUUACUGCCUUCAUUUGCACUACUGUGGCUGUUAAUUGGAGUUAUACGUUUUGAAGGAGCAUUACAGCCCUCAUUUGCACUACUGUUACUGUUAAUUGGAGUCAUAGAUAUAUGAAUGUUUUGAGGGAGCAUUACUGCCUUCAUUUGCACUACUGUUACUGUUAAUUGGAGUCAUAUACUGUAUAUAUGAAUGUUUUGAGGGAGCAUUACUGCCUUCAUUUGCACUACUGUGACUGUAAAUAAUUUCAUAGUUAUAUGAAUGUUUGAGACAGA